AUGACUCCAGGUUCUUUCAAUAACGUUCUUUCAUCGUCUGCGUCUACAACAUCGGGUUCCAGUGGUCGAACUCGAGUGGACUCCCUCCAAACUCCUGACCCUUCCAAAAUAACUGAAGGGAAGGUCAUAACUUUGACCACAGGUCUCACGUCCCUCGAGCCCCCCUCCCUGCGCUCAGAGACCUCCUCUCCGGUUUCAACCCAUUCUGAUGCCAAUUCACUUAUUGGCAGCACUCGCAGUUCCCGGCGUGGAAUGCGACCUGCAAGCAGGAGUCACCCAUACCUGCAUCGUGGUGCUCCUAGUACCCAACUGGAGCUGCGCUUUGCCCUGAAGGGAAUCCGAGGAACCCCUGACAUCAAACUUACUGAUGCCAUAAAGGGGCGGGACAUUUUCUUGCGUGGUCUCUCGUCUUUGUCAAGUGACACGAUAACGUUGGCAGCACACGCCAAACAUGCUGCGCGAGAAAACCACCGUCACAAGGUCAAGCAACUCGGUUGGGAGAUCCAAGAGGUAGAAUACAACAAGCUACUCCUCAAAGCAUUUGAGCGGAAGGAGAAGAAGCGACUGAAAAUGGCAGAGUCGGAUUAUCGCCUCUUCGAGAAGCUCUUAGUGGGACGAGAUCUUCCAGCUCUACAGCAGGAUGCUGAAUACCUGGAGGAAUCGCACGAUUCUGAGCUCGAUUCCCUAGCUACGGCUGAUGAGCAGCUCUAUCAAAUUUCAUCUGUAUCACCACUCGCAACAAAAUAUGUCUCUCACAGGCUUCCAAACAGUAGUGACACGGAGUAUGAGCAAGAUGAGGAGGAGGCUGACAAUGGGGAACGAUCCGACGAUUCCGAUUAUUCUGACGCCGAAUUGGAAGCAAGAUCUACUGGUAGGCGAAAGCCCAACGCUGCAAGGAAGGGUUUUCGGCCAGGGAUUCACUCGGACCUUAAUCCCAGUGGCCAGUCGGUCGCCAAUCAACUCGCCUUACCUGGUGAUCGCGCAACGACACCCGCAGAACAUCGCAUUCAGAUGCCCAUCUCACAGCAGCAUCAUGCACAACUUGAGCCCCAUUACCAUCAACCCCCACCGCCGCAAUAUUCCCAGCCUCAACACCAAGCUCCGCUCAUGCACCAUCAGCAACCCCCGGCCAUGCACCAUCAGCACCCCCUGGUCAUGCACCAUCAGCAACCCCCGCCCAUGCACCAUCAGCAACCCCCACCCAUGCACCAUCAGCAACCCCCGCCCAUGCACCAUCGGGACGAGGAUAGAGCACUAGCCGACGCAUAUGCUGGCGCAUUUGCCCUCCUCCACGAACCAUCGUCAAGGCAGCCAUCACAACCAGAUUUGGUCGGAAAUGGGUCUUUGGCCCCAUGGGGGGCCGCGCGGCUUGUCGCUCUGGCCCCCCUUCACUUGGGAGAGAACAUCCGUGGGGAGAGAACCCAGGGUGUUAUUCGAACUCAAAAACAUGUCUCCGACAGCGGGAGACGACGACGUAAUGUGAGACUUCCUCCCACGCCAGAGCUACUGUCAGCUGAUCCUGCCGCUGCACCUGAUUUGCCCGAGGGGUCUGGGUCAAUUGUGGACCCGCCCAUUUCGACUCGCAUAAAGCUCUCGACGAAAUCAGCCCGAAAGUUGAAAGAAACCGCAAAGAGUAAGCUUCGGGCGCUUCUACUGAACGUGGAUGCGGAAACAGAUGGUGCCCCGAAUGAUGAGCUUCGCGAUAAGAUGAUACGCAAUGCGUUGCAAGCCACGAAAAUUGAACAAUUUGGUCAAGCGGAAAUCGAGGAUAUCAAGGGUAUCAACAAUUUUAUGGUGGCCGCAAUAGCAGAUAUGCGACGCGGGUUCAAAGCUUACGCGAUGAAAACAGUUCCAGUUGGCUAUGGUCUGCGCCUGCCACUGUUUUCGGAACAGGAUGAGUCAGCGCAUGGGCGAGAUAGAAGCAUGGGUGACACGGAGGUUCGACGAUUACUGGAGAACGAAGUUCUCAUCAACAUGGUCAUUGACCUUUUGAAAGACGGAUUAUCGGACAUUGUAAAGGGCCCACUCGAUCGUUUGUUCGCAGCAUGUGGCGCAACAAUCCGCUGCGUGCUAUAUGCCCAUCGUACUGGUCAUUUCGUUGAUUUCUCUGUAAAUUCCUCUAUUUUUGAUGAUGCUUACCACGAGAUCAUGAACUACAUUACUACAACUAUUCAUCCUUCAGAUACUUUGCGUGAAAGGUUCGCGGCUGUACAGCAGGAGUUACAUGCUAAAUACAGCUCGUCCGAGACCAUACUAAAUAGGGAUCAUAAAACGAUGCUUGAACGACGAUUUAAACUGUUGAUGUAG